UCCGACGCGACGGCUCCGGCUCAUCCAACUCAAAGUACUCGUAGCAGCUACAGUCACCGCCCUUCCCUUGAUUUCUCGUUUCCUGUCAACCCCCAGGGGCAGCACAAACUGCGACACAUCUGACAUGUCUGCCAUCGCGCACAUCAUUGAUAGCAGCUUGGAUAACCUACCCGUGGACCGCAAAUCAUGUCAACUCUUGGGUCCAACGGCUCUGGUCGUGCAAGGUCUUAUGGGCGUCCUUGCCAUCCUUUCGCUCGUUUACAAGAGACACCGCGAGACACACAAACGGCCGUGGAAAAUCUGGCUGUUUGACGUGUCUAAACAGGUCAUUGGUCAGAUGUUUAUACACGGCCUGAAUGUGCUCAUUUCCGAUCUUGGAUCUCACCAAUUCUCCGGAAAUGCUUGUACAUACUAUUUUCUUAAUAUUCUGGUUGACACUACAUUAGGUGUUGGCCUUAUAUACCUCGCCUUGCAGGCCACUACUUUUGUACUAUUAAAGAAGCUGCAUCUCAAGGGUUUUCGGUCGGGUCAGUACGGGAAUCCACCAUCGUUUGCGUACUGGGUUCGCCAGGCCGCGGUUUAUGUGUUUGCCCUCACGACAAUGAAACUUCUUGUCGUUGCACUUUUUGCCAUAUGGCCUGGAACUUUCGAGCUAGGAGACUGGUUGCUCGGCUGGACGAACAUAGGAGAGGGAGAAUCCUUCCAAGUCAUCUUCGUCAUGGGCAUCUUUCCAAUCAUUAUGAACGUCCUCCAGUUCUGGCUUAUCGACUCCAUCGUUAAAGCCAACAGUACUCAGCCUCCUUCUCAUUCUAACUCACACCGAAAUUGUGAUGACCGAGAUUGCGAACCACUAAUCCGAUCAUCUGAAGACGAUGGUGACGAUACCCUACAUCGUGACGUAGAAAAUAUGCCACGACCCUGCGGCUCGAGAAUGUCAUCAGAUUUCACUACGAUGGUUGGCCCUGAAGACGGUAAGUCCAAAAUGGGAACAAAGUCGUCGCCGCCUUCCAUAUCUUUCCCUGGCUCCAACUCGCCCAUUGCCCACGAUUAUCCUCCGAGUAGCAGUAGCAUAGGGAGCCCGUCACCCAGCAGCAUAUCUUCCAGAUCCAGACAGAAACAUAGGGCUUCGCCUCCUCCUUCACUUGAUCACCAGCCAAUCCAUUCCCUUUUCUCUGCUUCACCAGACCGACCCCAACACACUUCACCCCGGAUACUUCAGAAAGGUUCAGUCCCGGGGGUUUCCAUUGAUAGACCCAGCAUACACCUGGAUUUGUGGGAGAAGCAUACACGGACGUGAUCUGCUGGCAGCGUGGACGGCCGUUCAGAGCAGAACAAGUAUCGGGAGAAGUAGCGGUUGUCAAUGACCCUUGCACGUUCGUUAUCCUCUGCACUCACUCACUACUUAUACAUUUGUAAUAUCGCAUUAGUUUUAAUUUUUGCACAGGGAACCACUGAUUGUUUAGCGGGACUGACAUCCAAUUUGAUUGUAACUUCUGGGCGGUGGUCCUCGCAUGCUCAGUGGUCUCACUCGAUGUUUAUCAGUCGAGUCGCCUGGAGGCAACCGGGGUGAUGGCAUGCUGGGC